UCGCUUCUUUGAUAUCCGUUGGUGCUCUUUGUCCUGCCUCUUCAAGUCUUCCACCUCGAAUAAGGCUGCAACCAAAAAUGGCGGUCGGUACUGUUCUGGUCACCGGUGGCACCGGCUACAUCGGCUCGUUCACAGCGCUGGCCCUGCUUGAGAAUGGAUACGAGGUCAUCAUUGUGGAUAAUCUCUACAACUCCUCCAAGGUUGCCGUUGACCGCAUCGAACUGAUCUGCGGCAAGCGGCCGCGCUUCUACGAGAUCGAUGUCACCAACGAGGCUGCGCUGGACGAUGUCUUCGCCAAGCAUCCUGAAAUUGACAGCGUCAUCCACUUCGCUGCCCUCAAAGCUGUUGGUGAAUCCGGCGAAAUCCCGCUGGAGUACUAUCGAGUGAACGUCGGUGGCAGUAUCUCGCUGCUGCGCUCAAUGACCAAGCACAAUGUUACGAACAUAGUCUUCUCGUCCUCGGCAACGGUGUAUGGCGAUGCGACCCGCUUCCCUAACAUGAUUCCGAUCCCCGAACAUUGCCCCAUCGGCCCCACAAACACAUACGGUCGCACCAAGUCUAUGAUCGAGAGCGUCAUCACCGACCAUGUGGAGGCGCAGCGCAACAACGCCAAGAAGGCGAACAAGUCAUUCGAGCAGUGGAACGGAGCGCUGCUGCGGUACUUCAAUCCGUGCGGUGCCCAUCCCAGUGGCAUUAUGGGCGAGGACCCACAAGGGGUGCCUUUUAACCUGCUACCUCUGCUAGGCAAGGUCGCUACUGGAGAGCGGGAAAAGUUGCUAGUCUUUGGCAAAGACUACUCAUCGAGAGAUGGUACCGCGAUCCGAGACUACAUUCACGUUCUGGAUCUUGCCAAGGGGCACUUGGCAGCGCUGAACUAUGUCCGCGAGCAGAAGCCCGGGGUCCGGGCAUGGAACCUGGGCUCGGGCCGGGGCAGCACCGUCUUCGAGAUGAUAAAUGCCUUCAGUCACGUCGUUGGACGGGAUCUCCCUUACGAGGUUGUCGACCGGAGGCCGGGAGACGUGCUAGACCUAACGGCAAAUCCGUCACUUGCUAACAAGGAGCUUCAAUGGAAGACAGAGCUCAGGAUGGAGGAUGCCUGUGCCGAUCUGUGGCGAUGGGUAAACAACAAUCCGAAAGGCUACCGCCAGGAGCCACCAGCGGAGUUCCUCGAAGCCCUGAAGGCGGGCCAAAAGGCUUGACUAGGCGGUGUUCGGUAUUAGCUUGUUUUAAUUUACUAUACAGGUUGCGAGCAAGCCUGUUUCUCUCUCUCUGUUUGCUGCACACUGUCGGUCAUGAGAGCCACGUAUGGUCUGCACUUUCAAGGCUUCAAAAGCAAUUUCCCAGUCGUCUUCCUCCCCUCCAGGUCCGAAUGUGCCUGACCGACCUCCUUCAGCGGGUAAACUUUGUGGACAUCCACUGUA